GACUAUACGUUUUGCAUGUGGUGUAUGAUUUCGCAUAUGGUGUAUCUCUACUACUCCUUAAGAAAGGAGCGUAGGCGUGCACACCAACCCGUUCUGCCUCCGCUUCGAUCAUGGGGUGGUCGCGCUUUCGUCGCCGCCAUCAACGGUGUCGCUAUCUCCUCCCUAUCCGGCGUCCGCGAUGCUCGCCACCCCUCCUCCCCCACGCGUCGGACGCUCGCCAUGCUCGCCUCCCUCCCCUCCGGUCCGCCUCGCUCCCCUUCCGCCCUUCCGUCGCGUGCGCUUGGAAAAAGGUCCAGCAGCCCCAAACUCCCCAGCGGGGCCAUCUCGCCCACCUCUCCCUGCACGCCGGAUCCCCGCCGUCCCCACCAUCGCCUGUGUUGGGUCCGACCCAGUCCGCUCAUGCCUCGACGCGCAGUUCUCGCACACCGUCCGCGGCGGCGUCCGCCUCGCGCCGGUCUCGCACACCGUCCCGCAGCGGAUCCAAUCACGCCUCCUCACCCUCCGCUGCCUCCUCCCAUCCCCUCUCCCAUCGAAUCCGCGAUUCCGCGUCCACAGUGGAUACCGUGAGCUCGCCCCCGCCUCCAUGGCUCCAUCCUCCGCUCGCGAUUCCCCCGUGCCCGUUGGAAGGGGGUCACGGAUCCUCACACGGUUCCUGCUGCACUACCUCCGCGCUGCCACGCGCAGGCCGCCGACGCUUGAGCGGGAGGGCACCGCGCUCGCUGGCCUCGCGGACACGGCCGUCCACGGCAUGGCGCUCGUCGAGGGCACGACGUUCUCGUGCCGGGGCCUCUUCUGAGUGCUCCGGAUCGUGUCGGCGGUGGGGCUGAGCAGGGAGUGCCGUCACAAGCUGGAGCGGCUCAUGGGGCUGAUGCUGGUCCAGGCCACGCUCGACGACCUCCUUGUCUCCAGCGACGACGGCGGCGACGUGUACAUUGUCAACCUGGUCAUGAGGCUGGUCAGGGUGUUCGUGGCCUCCAAAGAGGAGGCAGACGCGCCGUCGGAGAGGAUGCGGAAGGUGGGGCGCCUGGUCGACAAGUACCUCGACGAAAUCUCGCAGGACCAGGGGCUGAAGGUGUCCAAGUUCCUCACCGUCUCCGAGAGCCUGCCGGACUCGGCCAGGGACUGCUACGACGGCGUGUACCGGGUGCUGGACAUCUACCUCAAGAUGGCAUAUCCCAAAACCGCUCUACUUACAAGGAUGGCAAACAUGCUCAUCCAAAUGAGUCUUCAGAACCCCCUUACUUUGGCUCAUCCGUGAGCAUUUUACAGAAGCAACCAGCCAAGGAACCCCAUAUGGAUGGGGACAAUCCGAAUGGCUCUGCUAACAGAGAUGAUUAGCGGCAAGGUAUCAUUGCAUCAAUUUGUGUAUUAUCUUGAGUAUACAUGGAUGUGCAUAGCCUGUGUGGAUUUUGUUCGCCAAAGCUUUGGCCCCAGUACGUGUUUGUUACCUCCACCAAUAUUCUGUAUGCAUUCAUCAUAUUGAAGCUAAAAAGUCAUUGUGCUUUUGUAGACCUGUGUUUUUGUAGAACACUUCUCUAUUUUAUCCAUUCAGAACAUUGUUUUAUAUUUAUCCAUUCAGAACUUGUGUUUUUGCCAAACACUUUUCUAUUUUGCAGUGAGCUUAACUGUCAGACUUUUGAUAGACACUUAUCCAAUAUACUAAUGCCCCAACUACUCUUGAAGUUAAAAAGUCAUUGGAUGGAGUAAGCAUCCCCAAGUAAUGCAUUUUACGAAUUUACUAAUUGCUAUUGUGGAUUAUCAAGCCUGUGAUAUGAAAUUACUUAUGCGACUUACUCUCCUUCAUAUAUUUCCUUCCCGAACAUAACGACGCCUGCCACAUGUCCAUAGCCUUUUUGCACAUAAAGAUUUGAAUAUCAAAUUUUAGUCGCACCACAACAGGUACUAGAAAGUGGUAUAGGCAGAGUCUUACCACUUCAUGUUGAUAAGUGUCAUAUGCUACAUUUUGCGGCUUCCUAUUGAUAAUGCUUCGAAGAUAAUAUUAACUAAGUAUCCCUUGUGAAUUGUGACACUGUUUUGUUGCUUUAAAAGGGAUUACACCAAUCCUGACCUUUUUGUCAACCAAAUAAUAAUUGAGGGGAUUGUGCAGGUAUGCUUCGUAUGUUCAUAUCUCAUGAUGUUUCACCCCCAACCCCAACCCCAACCCCACCCUCCCCCUUUUUAAUUUUUGUUGAUCUAACUCAAAGAAAAAUUUGCAGCCCACGAUAGGCCGGAGCCUAAGAGCAGCGUGCUUUUAGGAUUAGUUGAGAUUUGAGAACAUGCAAUAUGCUGUGACGGUGGAUGUUCUGCAAACUGUGUUUUCUGUUUUUGGCGCUGUUAAAAAAAUCACCAUGUUUGAGAAGAACAGUGGAUUGCAGGCUCUAAUAUAAUAUUCAGGUAUGUGCUCACCUAUGCACCCAACAAGGUAUGCUCUUGAUCUUGGUGCUGAAUGUUGCUGUUCCGCUGGUGCCAACAAAAGCUAGGAGGGUCUUGUUUGGUAUGUUUAAGUGUCUCAAGCAGACGGUGGUGAAUGGAUUGGUUGCAACAAAGCCUCCACCUGUGGAGCUGGAGAUAGACACAGAGUAUUGGCACAUAAGGCUAGGUCGGAAGAAAGAGAUCUUUUCCUUUGAGAAGUACAAAUCAUCAUAUAUGUCAUUUUCGUUCAUUCAAGUCUUUUAUUCCUAACUUCACUAAAUGACAUAACAUAUUUGUUGACACUCUAAAAGUGUUACCUCCCUUGAAGUUAGCUAAAAAUGCUCAAAUAAUCUGUUAGAAAAAGGUGAAAGCCCAUUUUCCCCUAGCCUCCUACUUCUUGUUUUUCUACUGAAUCUUCCAUAGUGUAGACUCAUAAAAUCAUCUUAUGCGGAUUCUUUAGCUUGAGAAGGACCUCAAGGAACAACAAGUUGUGCAAGGUGCAGUGGAAAACACUUUAGGGGCUGGUUCUAUCAAUUUGCUAUUAGAGAAUCCAAUACCAAAGGCAAAUUCUCUUUCCAACACACCAAAUCCAUAUGAACAAGGCAUCUCGAUUAUUGGGCGAACACUAUCGAAAUUCGAUGAAGAUGAUCUGAUUCCAUGUUUCGGAUUUGGAGAUGCAUCAACGCAUGAUCAAGACGUCUUUGUUUCUCUCCUGACGAGAAACCUUGCAAUGGAUUUGAAGAAGCUUUUGGACAAUGCAGGGAACUUGUACCACAUUUUCGUUUAGCUCGGAAGCUGCUAUGCCUUGUUCAUCCAUUUAAUUGCAUUGUUCAUAUGUGUUUACACUAAUUCUUAACAGGAUCAACACCCUUUGCACCAAUGUGAAGCAAAGUGGUGGACAAUACCACGUCCUGUUGAUAAUUGCAGAUGGGAAGGACGCCAUGGCAGCCUUGCCCCGCUCCCCCAACAGCGCCCGCCUGCCCCUUUCCUUGCGCGACGCGAGAUGGAUCGGCGAAUCCAUGGCAGCUUGGUGGAGCACGGCGUCCUUUUUGAAAAUGGUUUGGUCAUACACAAACUUGUGGGGUGAAAUUUCGGCUUCGGCCUCCUUCUGCGAGGUGGAUUUGGAUAGCGCGGCGCAGAAAAAUGGCGGCUUCAGCUCUCCACCUCUGCCGCCUCCCCAAGCCAUGGCGGGUGUGAAGCUUCAGCAGAGGCAGUUGCGCCCGAUGAGCCAUGUGGGACCUUUUACUGCGCCCUUCUUCUUCUACUCCCUUCUCGUUGCAUUCCUGUUCUUUUCGCUUGUGCGAAUGGCAGAGCUACGCCUACUAGGGUGCUGCCCUGUGUGCCCCACCCAGUACACAGUAUGCUGCUCACCAUGGCGCUGCGCUGUGACUCAGCAGAGUGGCAAGAUGCAAGGCUUGCCGAGCUGCCUAGCCAUUAUAAUGCUUGGUCCUUGAAUUGAAGUCAAUUGAUUUCCGAUUUAAUAAGGCACAGUUUGUUUGAGCUUCUGCUGUCGUCUUCACAUAUUUUAAUUUUUAAUGCAUGUGGGGAUUACUGAAAUUGUUGUGCAGACAUGUGUUUUGAGAUUGUGUGUUAUUUGUGCCUGAUUUUAUUGCACAGGCAGGGUGGUCUAUCUCAAAGAUUUUUGAAAGUUGUUUCUUAUUAUGGUCUCACGACUCUGCCAUAUAAACUGGUCUGUAAGCUUGUUGGUGCCAAUCUCAGAAGGUUUGUGUGCUGUCAUUAAAGGAAUAUCCAAAUUUUAACUUUGUUAAACUUUGUUCUCUGGUACAAUGUCCAGGAUGCUCUGGAACCUUACAUGAGAAAGAGAACAGUUGAACUUCACUGGGGUAAGCACCAUCAAGAUUACGUGGAUGGCUUGAAUAAGUAGCUGGCUACCAGCCCUCUGUAUGUAUAUACACUCUGGACGAUCUGAUAAAAGAAGCCCACAACAAUGGUCUCGAAUCAUCACUUUUUCUGGGAAUCGAUGCAACCAGAAGGUGGUGGCUUACCUGAGGGAGGUGUGCUAUAGCAGAUUGAAAAGGAUUUUGGCUUGUUUACUAAUUUUAGGGAAGAGUUUAUUCGUUCAGCCUUACAACUAUUGGGGUAUGGUUGGGUUUGGCUUGCUUUGAAGAGAAAUAAGAGAAAGCUUUCAGUAGUUCAUACACGAAACAUUAUCUACCCACUUGCUUUUGGUGAUAUUGUAUGUUCAUACACAAAGAAUGAUAUAGAACCACCAAAGAGUUGAUUGUAUAUUGAUCCUUUUUCUGCUUCAUAUAUCUGAACUCUACAAUGUGAGGCGUACAGCCCAAGGCCGAAGCCCACGUAUCGGUAUCGCCAGGCCGCCCGCAUCGACAUAUACCAGCAACCCAAGCAACUCCCCACGUUCUCUGUCCUUCCAAGACCCAGGCUUUCAGUUCCAGCCCCACCUCGCCUAGCUUCUCCCCUCCCCUUCCCAAACCCUACACCCCGGGCCUUCGCCGUCCCCGACUCACCGCCGGGCGCCGGCCACCCCCAUAGCGCAGCGCCGGCGCCGAACUGAACUCUUCCGUGCGGUCGGCCGCGCGUACGGCCACCCCCCUCGGCGCCGCCCGCCGCCUUUGAUGUCUCCCACCUGCGACCUCGGCUUCCUCUGGCCCCGGUCGCAGAAGAGCCCCCAAGAGGUCUCCCGAGCGGCCGCUUCCGGAGCCCAGCGAUUGGCCUCCCCACGGCAGCCGAAAUGAGCGGCGGCGAGAAGAUGUUGCUGUUUGGGUCCUUUACAGAGGACGAGACUAAGUUGUUCCAGGGUCAGCCUCUCAAAAGUCCAAAUAAAAGCGUCAGCAAAGAAUGUGAACGGACGGAGAUCCAGUUUGGCACCCUGAACUUUUCAGUGCUGAGUUUAGAGAAGGUAUCUACUUCCAGUGUUGUUCUUCCUGCAAAAUCAGCAAACAGCGAGACCAGUGCCAUCACAAAGGAGAAUACAUGCAGUAAUGAAAAGAAAGCUGCAGGAUCAAGCCUUCCAAAUGGCAGAGCCAUUCUGGCUAAUGGAUGCCCCCCUGUUAAUGUUCCUGCCAACAAUGAUUUAUUUGAGAAUGUGAAGAAGACAGAAGCUGUUGUCCCACCAGUUGUGCCUGUAAAAAGCAUCAGCAAUCCAACACCACAAAUGACAUUGGAGGUGCAUAACGAUGGCACCGAACCCACUCAAAGCAGAAAGUUAGACAAGGAAAGGGAAAUUACUGAAAAUGGUAGCCCAAUUGUCGAUACACCCAUUGCUGCAGCUCCAGCAGAAGAGGCAGUCACAAACCUAAAUAAGAAAACCUCACAGAACAUGCCCUUGAUUCCACAAGGCUUGAGGAACACAGGAAAUAUCUGCUUUCUGAAUGCAACUUUGCAGGCAUUGCUUUCAUGCUCGCCUUUUGUCCACCUUUUACAGGAUCUGAGGAACCGUAGUAUACCUAAGUUUGGCUACCCAACUCUGCGUGCAUUUGUUGAGUUGAUCUCUCAAUUCGAUGUGCUUGACGAGUCAGUUAACAAGAAAAAAGAGAAGGCUACUACUGUUGCUGCAAAGCCACUUAAUCCUGCCAUGUUUGAUGAUGUUCUCAGAAACUUUACACCAGAUGUGCCGGCUGGAAUAACUGCUCGGCCAAGGCAGGAAGAUGCUCAAGAGUUUUUAAGUUUUGCCAUGGAUAGAGUGCAUGAUGAACUGCUGAAGCUUAAUGGUAAUGGUUUGGAUUCAAAGGAGGGUAUGGUUGUUUCUUCUUCUGCUGAUGAUGCUUGGGAGACAGUUGGAAGAAAGAACAAAUCUGCAAUAGUUAGAACACAUAGUUUUGUUCCCUCUGAGCUAAGUGCUAUUUUUGGAGGGCAGCUACAGAGCGUUGUGAAAGCUGCAGGUAACAAAGCAUCAGCUACUGUUCAACCCUUUCUACUGCUUCAUCUUGAUAUAUUCCCAGAUGCUGUUCAGACACUUAAUGAUGCACUUCGUCUGUUCUCUACCCCUGAAUCUUUGGAAGGAUACAGAACCACUGCUGGAAAGGCUGGUUUGGUGACAGCUAGAAAGUCAUUCAAGAUACACGCCCUUCCAAAGAUAAUGAUCCUGCACUUAAAGAGGUUCAGUUAUGGAAAUAAUGGGAGCACUAAAAUCUACAAGCCACUCGGCUUCACAUCUGAACUGGUUCUUAGUCGUGAUCUGCUGAGCUCACCAUCACAAGAGGGUAGAAAAUAUGAGCUUGUUGCAACCAUCACUCAUCAUGGGAGGGACCCUUACAGAGGUCACUACACUGCUCAUGCAAAGCAUGCCGACGGGCAAUGGCUUCGCUUUGACGAUGACGCUGUUGUGCCCGUUGGCGAGAACGAUGUCUUGCAUGACCAAGCAUAUGUUCUCUUCUACAAACAAGUCUGAAAGCACUACGUAGUUGAUUAGUUGCUCUUUCGUAUCGCCGUUGCUUAAACAGCCAGAUAUACCGUCUAACUAUCGUCCUAUUAAUGUAGUCACCGAGUAACAGCAGCAGAGUAUUAUGUGAAGCACCCUGGUGCUGCACGUGUUUAUUAUCAUAUGCUUGGUCAUGAUGUGGCGAGAGGGGGGAUUUGUCUUCAGCCCAUUUUGAGGUUCUGUAAAAAUUCAACUGUCAUCAUUGCAAUGAGCAGCGAAGUAAUCAUGGUCAGCCCUGUCGCUGGCAGCUGCCGAAAUGGGUUGUGUGCAUGUGGCAUGCCGUGGUUGGCAAUUGGUUGUUGAGAAGACAUUGCCAUUAGCUUAGCCAUGUGCCGUGUCUCUGGGAGUGUCAAGAGGUGCAGGGCAAUGUUAGCUGGUGUAUGUGCCUUGCAAGCAUGACUAGCAUGUUAUAAAAAGCUUCGAAUUAUUCGUUUUGAA